AUGAGUACUCUCUCAGACGACAGAGUCAUUAAUCCUUCUCCUACACAAGAUAGCUGGAAACUUAAAGAGAUCCUCGCAACCGGCAUUGUUCUUGGAAGCUACAUGGCUUUAGUGACUGUUGUGUUCUUUUGGGCUGCAUACAGAACCGAUUUUUUCCCGAGAAUGUUCAACGUGAAAGACUUGAGAGGCAAUGAACCUGAGAUGAUGUCUGCUUUAUACUUACAAGUCAGUAUUAUGAGCCAAGCUCUUAACUUCAUGAUUCGAUCGAGAAGCUGGUCUUUCGCAGAAUGGCCUGAAAUACUACUCUUGGUUAUGUCUUUCAUGGCAUCACAAUUUUAUGCAACAAUAAUCGCGGUUUACGCAAGUUGGGAAACUGCGAGAAUCGAGGGAAUAGGAUGGGAAUGGGCUGGUGUUAUUUGGCUCUACAACAUCAACUUCUAUCUUCCAUUAGACCUGAUAAAAUUCACGAUCCGUUAUAUAUUAACCGGAAAAGCUUGGGAUUAUCUCAUUGACAACAAGGUACACUUGGUUUUGAACAAUGAUGCAACAAAACUCAGCUGGAGAAUCCUCACCAAUCCAUCUUGCAUCAUUGGUCGGAUACUAAAUGGUAAAUACUCAGUCAUGGAAGUGUCAACUCCACUCAUGGGAGUGUCAACUCCAUCGAACGGCUCGAGAGUGCAUUGUGCGGUCUAA